CGGUUACAUCGUUGGCAGUGCCACGAAGAUGUUGACAGCACAACUCUUCCGCGGGGUGCGAACUUCCGAUGCUGAUCGUCCUCCUUUUUUCUCCUUUUCGGCCUUUCUUUAAUCUCCCCCUUCUUCCCCGCCGUAGCUUGCGCGAUCUCUCAACGAUUAUCAAGCCGAACGAUUUCUUGAUUCUCCAUUUCCUCCUUCGACGGCCGGUUCUGCUUCAGGGUGGUGGGGAAACAUGAUUAUCUGAUCGCAAUUGCUCUUUAGUUGUCGUUCAGCAUAUUGGGAAGAGAAAGUUACAAGUUGUAUUCUGUUUUGUGAUUUAUGAAGUAUGGAGUUCUGUGUAUACUGGAUGCAAGAAGGGAAGUUUCUUUGUUACUGUGAGCUAGUUUGGUAAGGGUCAUUUGUCUGAGAUGGUUGAAAUUUGCUGAAUAUUUUGAAAGGAAAAGUUUUGGUCGCAUCUAUUUCAUCCAAUUAAAAAUUCAAACGCUAAUUAUGAUGAUGAUAAGCAGGAUAGCAUUUAAACUGAAAUCUCUACAUAUUUGGAUCAUGUGUGAGUUGUGACACAAAGAAUUCGAAGUAUUGUGGCCAUUUUCAUUUGUCUAGUAGGCCAUCCAUUUAACCACUUUUAUUUUUUUUGACUGCAAAAUGUACCAAAUGUAAUCUGUAUGGUUUCCAGUACUUCUCCAGUUGUUAACAUUUCGGCUAUAUUAAACUGUUGAUCAUGUGUAAAAAACCAUGAUUGGGAAACCGUUUUGUGCACCUAAAUUGUCUGAGCUAUUGUGCCACAGGGCAUUGCACAAUUUUACCAUUUUCUUUGAAUUAUUUCUCUUACGGAUGAGGUCUGGUGCAUUGCCUUGUGGCACACUGUUUUCCUAUAUGAUUAGGUAGUCUAGGUUUGCAUUUUCUUCCUAUAUCAAUUUGGUUUGCAACAUUUCCUAUUUUUGUUGUUCUAAAAUGAUUUCCCACUUUCUGUUUUAGGUAUGUAAAGAUGAAUAAAGUGACAAAAUUACCUUAUUCGAGAAAGGGAAAAAUAGUAAUUCUUGUGCUAGUCAAAUUUAUUAAUUUCCUUAAUUCUUGUGCUAGUCAAAUUUUGCAAAUCAAAUUGGAACGGAGGGAGUACACUUUGCACAGAACAGUAUUUAUAUAUUGAAUUUGCUUUUAUAUUUUUACGGAGUAUUUGAUAAGACAGUACACAAUAUAAUGUAGUCAAAUGUGUGUAAUGCAAAUUUACCCAAAAAAUGAUUUGGCUAUAACGCUAUAUAUUAUUGUGGUCUACAAAAUUACAGUGACGAGUAAAUAUUAUUAUAUGGUAGGCCAAUUUUGAAAACAAUCUAGAGAUUCGUAUAUUUAUAUAAUACCAAGUAAGCAACUACUUUCCAUUUCCAUCUUUUACACUCUAAAGAGGAAAUAGUGCAGCCAAAAUUAUGGACUGGUUGCUUUAUGCCCACCCUUCCCCCUGAUGUUGUUUUCGCAGGGCUCUUUUGCAUGUUUGGCAUUUGAACCCUGUUUGGUUGCUGAAUUGCUAAUGCAACCUUAUAAGUAAAGUAACCUUUUAUUUUAUGAGGGGUGGGUGCGAACAAGAGUUGUAAUUGAACAAAAAGGGCAUAGAAUCAGAGCCUUUUCUUAUGUACAUUAUUCUUAUUGCUUUAUAUUCUUAUCCUAUAUAAGAUGCUCUUAACUUCUUAUUGGAAUAUUGCUUGCUUGUUUUCCUGAAAGAUCAUUUACUUCAAAAUUGUAUCUUCGAGAUUAACUUCCCUCUUUAAAUCCCAAGCUAUAUGUGUGUAACUUUUUAUUUGAAGCCAUUUUCUAGUUGUAACCACCAACCUUAUGGAAGGGAAGGGAAGGGACUAAUAUCAUUUAUUCCAAAGUUCUAUUCAGUCUGAUAUUCAAAGUGUUGGGUCAUUGCAAAUGUAUUUAAUGUGCCACAAUGAAGAGUGGAUUGUAAUUAUAAAAUCCAAUGGCUGGAAUACCUAAUAUACUAAUUAAGUCUAUAUGAUUUUAUUUACGUGAGAUGAUAACAUUUUCUAAUGUUUCCAGGGAUUCUUGACAUUUGAAUUUACGUGAGUCAAUUUAUGUUUGAUGGCUGAAGAUAUUGCCAAUUCAUCACUGAUCUCAGAAACACUUGUAAGGAAUGAGCUUGAGAAGACAAGCCCCAUCGAAAGCAGCAAUAAGGAAACAGGACAUUUGAGUAAUAAGCAUUCUGUUUUUGCACCUGGUAGCUUAAGCUCAAGAAGAAGCUCUACUGGGAAACAAAAUUGUCGUUCUGAUAGUGAUCACACCAUCGUUCCCAACUAUCUCAGAGCUUCUACUGGUUCUUGCCAUGAUUUCUGUAAAUACGGAAGGAAUCACUCUUCUGAACCGAAACCAAUCCGUCCUCUGCCACGAAGACCCAAAAUCCCUCUGAAUCAGAAGCUGAUUCCUGCAAUGGCGUCGGGGACUAGUGUAAGUGGGGCCUGUGAUCCUGAAGAAACCCACUCUCAAGCACCCCCAGAAAUCAUCAAAGAUGUAGUCUUUUUGCAGCCUGAGGAAGUUGAGCCUUCACAGGUGCAAGAUACCACAAGCAACAAGAUGACACCAAAGACGGAAGGGAAAACAAAAAGUAUGUCACCAAAAGACCGUCCACCCAAGUCACUAAAACAACCAACUUCCUGUAAGGCUCUAGAAGGUGUAAAGCCAGGUUCGGGAGGAAAAGGUGAUAUUAUCGGUUGUGAAAGAGUUAGGGACACCAAAGUGAGCAGAAAGAUAGUUGUGAAAGCCCCAACUGCUUCAUCAACUUCGAAGCCUUCUGUCAGGGAAGCUCUAAAUCUGAGAAAGCGGGCGAGUUUGACCUUAAAACCAGCAAAAAAUCGUAACAGAAUGGGGGAAACUGAUGUCGAAGCUGAAGAAAAUGUCUCUGAGAAAACACUGCAUGUCGUCCAGAUGGAAAAUGUGGACCAUGCUCAAAAUGAUGAAAUAGUUGCUUCGCUUUCUUCACCACCAUCUUUAUUGUUGCCCGAAUCUUCAUCUGCUUCACACUCUCCAGAUUCAUACAUAGAAAGUAAUCCAAGCAAGAGCUUGACCAAGUCCAAGAAGCCAGUUCUCCCUAAACUUGAUGAUGCUCCAUCAUCUGUAAAACCAAAAUUUAGUAGGGGCAAGAUUCAUGAUACAGGGAAUGAAUAUAAUAGUCCAAAGAGAUUAAAAUAUAGCAAGGAAAAGAUUUUGAGGAAAAAGAGAGAAGACGCCAAUGUGGAGGUGGUUAAAGACAAUAUGACGGAAUCUGAUCAUCAUAAUCACAUUAUCUCGUCCCCUGAAAAAAGAGAUGGCAAUAACAUACCUGCAAGCAGUAAGGGAGCUAAAAACGUGGGAAGAAAUCAAAUCAUGGCUUCUAAAAGGGGAACUCUCAUUGCUACUAGAGUGGAAACUCCUUUGCCAGUGAAACUAAAGUUUAGGAAAGGAACCGUGGUGAAUCUCCAUCAAGAAAUCAACAGUCCGAGCAUACUAAAUUUUAGGAAAGGGAGGAUUUUGAGGAAAAAGCGAGAAGAUGCCAAUGUGGAGGUGGUUAAAGACAAUAUGAUGGAGUUUGUUCAUCAUGAUCACAUUAUCUCGUCCUCUGAAAAAGGAGACAACAAGAACAUAUCUGCAAGCAGUAAGGGAGCUAAAAGUGUGGGAAGAAAUCAAAGCAUAGCUUCUAGAAGGGGAACUCUCAUUGCAACUAGAGUGGAAACUUCUUUACCAGUGAAACUAAAGUUCAGGAGAGGAACCGUGGUUAAUCUCCGUCAAGAAAACAACAGUCCGAGGAGAUUAAAUUUUAGGAAAGGAAAGAUUUUGAGGAAAAAUCAAGAGAGCAAUUCGGAUGGGGGGAAAGAUAAGGUUGUGGAGUCUGUUCAUGAGCAAGAUGAUACAAACAGGUCUGGAGUUGCAACCAGUCAAGGAGGAGAUGACAAGAGAAUAGGCGCAAACAGCAAGGAAGCGAGUCCCCAACAUGAAACCAAGAGGUCUGGUUCUGCGAUGGUAGGGAGAGAUUCAAGGGGGAACCAAGUGAACAAGAGUGGUGAUACAAGGAGGAGAAGUUCAAAGAAGAGAGUUGAGCGUGGAGAAAAUAGCAGUGAUAUGAUGGGCCUGGGGAAGGUGAUUUUGAGGCAUCAUGAAGAAGUGGAGGGGGUGAAGAAAGAUGGGCAGGGUGUAUUACUCAAUAAUGUGAUUGAAGAGACGGCAAGCAAGCUUGUUGAGAGCAAGAAGAGCAAGGUUAAGGCUUUGGUUGGAGCUUUCGAAACGGUGAUUUCUCUACAAGAGAAAAAGCCCUCUUCUGAUCAUUCCGUUUCUUGACAGGAAACAAAAACUUUGUUUUACCACUCUUCAUGUUUUACUGAAUAUAAUCAUUGAAGUUUGUUUUACUGGUACUUUAUCAAAGUUUCUGCACCCUUUCGUGCUGGUAUACUAGUAUAUCCACCCAAGUCCUUUUUUUUACCUGAAAAAAAAGAGUGUUAAUAGAUAAAGAAUAUGUUGAAAGGUACGGGGAUUUGAAGUGUUGAUAGAUACAUUAUUUGUGGUAAUAGCUCUAAUGAUGGUGUAUGACGU